GAGUCACAAAAUUAUCAGUUCCGCGUAAAGAAGACCGGAAAAGGAAAAAUAUGGAACCGAAAUUAUUUCCCUCUCCCUCCUUUAUCUGAUCAUCAUCAACAGCGGCGUGGCUUCCACGACCGACGGAACCGCCGCCGCCGGCGAUCCCCACUGCCUCCGCCGAGAUAUCCCCCGGCGCCGACUCCACUUCCAUCCGCUCGGUCUUCGUCACGUGGAGAAAUUCAAGUCGCCACGUUUGAAUCUUCCAAUCCUGCCUCCACGGUAACUCCCUCGUUCAUAUUCCCGGUCGUUGUCGCGUUGAAUGCAUCGUCCUCGACCUUUGACUCGAAUCCAAGUCCGCCAUCGCUUUUCCGCAUUUGAAUAGACGGGUUGUUUCGCGGAUUGUUGGAAUUGACUCGAGCUGGAGCUUGUUUGAGGAUCAUGUGAUUGUAGAUUUAAGCUGCAUUCUCGAGGUUUUCACUCUGUGUUGGCGAGAAAUCGAGGUCGAAUUCGGGGAAGAUCUGGGGAUCCUUGGGGGCGGGCUAUGCUAGACUGGUCCAAUGAAGGAGAAUGCGAAGUUUGAGGAAGAGAGGAGAUCCAGUCCGUGCAAUCCGGUUCGGAAGCCCGGGCCGGUGUCAAUGGACCACGUUCUGCUGGCGCUGAGAGAGACAAAGGAAGAGAGGGAGCAGAGGAUCAAGAGCUUGUUUAGCUUCUUCGAUGCGGCCAAUGUGGGGUAUUUGGAUUACUCCCAGAUCGAGGCAGGUCUGUCGGCGCUGCAAAUCCCUUCCGAGUACAAGUACGCAAGGGACUUGUUGAAUGUUUGCGAUGCGAACAAGGAUGGGCGUGUCGAUUAUCAGGAGUUUAAGCGGUAUAUGGACGAUAAGGAGCUCGAGCUAUACCGGAUUUUCCAAGCCAUUGAUGUGGAGCACAAUGGGUGCAUUUUGCCGGAAGAGCUCUAUGAUGCUCUCCUAAGGGCAGGCAUUGAAAUUGACGAUGAGGAGCUAGCCCGUUUUGUCGAGCGUGUGGAUAAGGAUAACAAUGGUGUAAUUACAUUUGAAGAAUGGAGGGAUUUCCUUCUACUCUACCCUCAUGAGGCUACUAUGGAGAACAUAUAUCAUUACCUAGAAAGGGUAUGCCUUGUGGAUAUUGGUGAGCAGACGGUUAUACCUGAAGGCAUUAGCAAACAUGUCCAUGCUAGCAGGUACCUAAUUGCAGGAGGUGUGGCUGGUGCAGUGUCUCGCACUGCCACUGCACCUCUUGACAGAUUGAAAGUUAUCUUGCAAGUACAAACAACGAAGGCUCGUAUUAUGCCAGCUGUUAGAGAUAUAUAUAGGAAAGGUGGAGUCAUGGGCUUUUUUCUGGGGAAUGGAUUGAACGUGUUGAAAGUGGCACCCGAGAGUGCCAUUAGGUUUUACGCAUAUGAAAUGCUGAAAACUGUUAUUGUCAAAGCUCAGGGUGGUGAGAAUAAGGCUGAAAUUGGUCCUGUUGGGCGCCUUCUUGCUGGUGGGAUAGCAGGUGCUGUGGCACAGACUUCCAUCUAUCCAAUGGAUCUCGUUAAAACCCGAUUGCAGACUUGUGAAGGUGGUAAAGCUCCUAAUAUUGGUGCUAUGUCUAAGGAUAUAUGGGUUCAUGAGGGACCCCGUGCAUUUUAUAGAGGUCUAGUUCCAUCUCUUCUUGGGAUAAUACCUUAUGCGGGCAUUGAUCUUGCUGCUUAUGAAACGUUGAAAGAUAUGUCCAAGAAGUACAUUCUUCAGGAUGCAGAUCCUGGCCCUCUGGUGCAACUGGGGUGCGGGACAAUAUCGGGGUCUCUUGGAGCAACUUGCGUUUACCCAUUACAAGUGGUUCGAACGAGAAUGCAAGCUCAGCGUAUGAAUACUGAGGCUGCAUAUUGUGGGAUGUCAGACGUCUUCCGUAGAACGUUUCAGCAUGAAGGGUUGAGAGGAUUCUAUAAGGGAUUGUUCCCUAAUUUGCUCAAGGUGGUCCCAUCAGCGAGCAUCACUUAUCUUGUCUACGAAUCCAUGAAGAAGAGCCUGGAUCUCGAUUAGCCGAUUCUACUUAGUCCCAUUAUUGCUCCUGGGAUUGACUUGGCUGACUUUUAAAAGAAGGAAAAAAAGAAAAAAGAGUAUUGGGCGGAUGGAGUCGAGUUAGAGACUUCGACCAGGCAAAUAAUGGCCCCUUUUGGGGCCAGAAUAUAUCAUUGUUUUGGUCAUAUUUACAGGUAACACUGCUUAACUCAAGAUAGAAAGGAUAUUCUGGGCUUAUACUACGCCUUGUGGCGUGAGUCGGGAAACCUUUGUUUUUUGGUGCGAUUUUUGCACGUUAUUGUUGUAUGAUGCAGAGGAUGCAACGUAAAAGUUUGCGAAGAAAUCUGAUUUUGUUAGUCAUUUUUAGCGGGAAAUUUUAUCCGAAUGGAGUAGAACCUCCGCAUUCAUGGAGAUAAAGGCUGUACUUGCUAUCUAUCUUAUAUUUAUACAUUGUCACGCUCCCUCACCUUGCCCUUCGGAUUGGUUUGAUUCAGUUCAGUUAUCUUCUCCUCA